ACCUCGAAACCGAGGCCAAGAAAUAGAUUGCUGGAGCUUGGACAUGCAGCAAAAAAUGGAGCAACCUGAAGAGAAAAAUCUCGGGAUGAAGGAACAAUUGAAUGCAGUAGAGGUAGAGCGAGAUCGAGCCCUUGAUGAACUAAGAGAGAUGAAAAAGAUGGCACAGGAGGCUAACAUGCGGCUUAGUGAAGCAUUGUCAACUCAUAAUGUCAAAGAGGUGCACUCUCAAUUGAAUUCCGUGAACGAGUUACUGACAAAUGCAAAGCAAGAACUGAAGAAUAAAGAGCAGAAUAUAGAGUCGUUGAAAGUUGAAGUUGGAAAGGCCAAAGAUUUGGAGCUCAAACUGGCAGAGUAUGUAGAAAAUGCUGAGGCCAACAAGAAAGUUCUGUUGUCUCAGAGCGAGGAUCGAAUUCAAGAAUUGCAGCAGAAACUGACAGAGCAUGUGGAAACCUCAGAGUCUCAGACGAAGGCUUUAUUGUCCGAAAAAGAAGAAAAAAUUCGGGAAUUGGAGCUCAAACUGGCAGAGAACACGGAAACCUCAGAGGCUCACAGGAAGGCUUUAUUGUCUGAAAGUGCAGAAAGAAUAAGGAAAAUGGAGAUCACAUUGGCAGAGAAUGUUGAAACCAAUGAGGCUCAGUUGAAGGCUUUGUUUUGUCAAAGUGAGGAAAGAAUUCGGGAACUUGAGAUGGAAAUAGACAAAAGAAGGACAUCAGAAGCAAGAAUCCUUGAUUCGUUGAUCACACAGACAAACCAACUGGAGCAAACAAAGAAUUUACUUGAAGAAUCAAAAUAUGAAAUUGAUUCUCUUCAAAGGAAAUUAGAGAGAUGGGAAGAGGAGUCCGUGCAGAGCAGUGAGCUUAGCACAUCUCAUCUUCAGGAGAGCCAUGAUACUAGUCUUUCCGUCAGGGAUGAUUUAGAGAGUCUCAGGUCCGAGCUUCAGUUGACAAAGGAGAAUUUGGUUGAGAGUCAAAAGAAGGAGCAAAUUGCGUCUUCAAAGGUUGACAUAUUAAAUGAGGAGGUACGUGCACUAAAACACGAGCUGAAGUUGACAGCCAAAGCUGAAGAAAACGGAAAGAAGGCAAUGGAUGACUUGGCUAUUGCCCUAAAAGAAGUUGCCACAGAAGCCAAUCAGCUGAAUGACAAACUGCAGAUGACCAGAGCUGAGUUAGAGCAAUCAAGGGCACAAGAAGAGCGUUUGAAUGUGAUUAUAAAGACCAAUGAGGAAGAUUUUAAAUUGAUGUUGGAUGAAGUAAGGAAAGAAGCUGAGAGGUACAAAAACACUGCUGCCAGGUUGAAAAUAGAACACGAAGAGUCGGUUUUGGCAUGGAGUGGGAAGGAAACUGGCUUUGUUGACUGUAUUAGAAGAGCAGAAGAGGACAGACAGGCUACACAGCAAGAGAACUAUAGGUUGCAUGAAUUGCUUCUUGAGACGGAUAACAAGGCCAUGUUGUCAAAGGAAGAAAAUAGUAAAUUGCGUGACAUACUUAAACAGGCCCUGAAUGAAGCAAAUGUUGCCAAAGAAGCUGCAGCAAUUGCUCGACUUGAAAACUCUCAGCUCAAAGAUAGCCUGGAAGAAAAGGAGGAGGCCUUGAAUAUUCUCACCCGAGAAAACGAAAAUUAUAGGGUGAAUGAAAUUGCUGCUAAUGAAAACAUUAGGGAGUUGAAGCGAUUGCUUAUUGAAUCAUCAAAUAAGGACAGCAAGAAAGAUGAAAAAGAGAAACCACCAUUAAAGGAUGUGAAAAAGGAGUCCAAGGAUAAGACACCUACAAAGGACUUGAAGAAGGAGCAUAAGGAGUCAAAGAAAGAGUUCAAGGAUAAAACACCUACAAAGGAAUCGAAGAAGGACGGUAGGGACAAAACACCUACAAGGGAAGAUAGUGGUUACCAUUCCUCGUCAGAUAGAGAGAAGGAGAAAGAGGCUGGAACCAUUCUUGGCAAAGUUUUCAGCUUCAGUCUCAGGGAGCUCAAAGUCUCACACUCACACGAUGAUCAUGUUGUUCAUGUCGUUCAUGAUGACGACGAUGAUGAUGAGAUUCAAAUAAACGAAGCUCUCAAAGGCUCGAUAUUUGAGGUGCAGUCUCCCGGAUCAGCUCAUCACCGGAGAACGUCUUCUACAUUCACAGAUGAUGGAGAACCCCUCCAUCCAGAGGAUUUUGAUAAUCUAGAUGGGACUCAUGCCGAGAACUCAAGAAAGAAGAAAGCCUUGCUAAGAAGAUUUGGGGAUCUUAUAAAGAGAAGUACUGCUUAUUCCUACUCGAAAAAGGAGCCGUCACCGGAUCAUCCCAAAAGGGAACUACUACCUGACACAAAGAAGGAGCCCUCACAUGAGCUCAGAAAGGAACCUUCGCUGGAUUCCAAGAAGGAUCCCUCACACGAUACCAAGAAGGAAGCAUUACCAGAAUAGUUAAGCUGUAUGUUUGCACUGCUCUUGAAGUUCUGAUAUUUAGUUUAAUCUGAUUUUCUUUCACAGCAUAUUGUAGCAAACGAA